AUGUGCAAAUGUCACUUAUAGUUACUACUUAAACUUAGAAAAACAAGAAGCAUGGAUACCGGCGCCGCGUUGCGUGUCUCACGCGUACUUCUGACUGGACCACCUGGUAUAGGAAAAACUACAAUAUGUAAAAAAUUAAUUUCAAUGAUAGAAGAAGAAAAUUAUAAAUUUAAUGGAUUUUAUACUGAAGAAGUUAAAGGUCAAGAUGGUAAUAGGAUUGGAUUUGAUAUUGUGCUAGUAAAAAAUCGUGAGGAAAGAACAAUAUUGGCACGAAUUGAAAAAGUCAUAACUCACUCACAAUAUUCUAAAUAUAAAGUGGGAAACUAUCAUGUGUUUCGUAAUAAUUUUGAAGUGGCAGUAUUACCUAUCUUUAAUUCUAAUGCAGUAAAUGAAAUUGGAAAAAUGGAAUUAUUUAGUCAAAAAUUUCAAGAUGAAAUAGUAAAAUUAUUUUUUGGAACUUCAAAUAAAUCAUUUGUAAUUGCAACCAUACCUCAAGUACAUAAAGUACCACCAAGAUAUUUAUCAUUAUUUCAAAAAUUUCAUAAAGAUGAAAGAUGUAAAAUUAUUACUGUGAAUCGUCAAAAUCGAAAUAACUUACCGGAAGAAAUUUUUCCUCUUAUUUUUUAAGGCAUAAUUUCUCUUUUUUAAGAAAAACAAUAUGAAAUUUAAAUACAUUAUAAACAUCGUUUAUUAUUAACAAAAAAACAAAAUGUUAGAUUAAAGAGAUCCUUCCAAUCACGUUAAAUUUAUGAAAAAGUAGUCAUCACAAAUAACGUGACAAAUAGUGACUGGCUGGAAAAUUGUACUACAUAGUCAUGCUAGAUCGCAUAUGUAUUAGAUAUUUUUGUAAUAAUUAUUAUUUUAUAAAAACCACCAUUAUUCCUUAAAGAAUAAAUUAAAAGAAUAACAGGUGUGUUCAUUACAUGUUCAGCACCUUCUGCAAAUAUUAGAAUAUAAGUUAAUCUGUUGAGAUCAUUGAGAUCAUUUAUUCAGUUUGUGCGUGAACAUUAAUAUCUUUAGUGAAUAAGGUGGUUUAAUUGAGGGUACAAAAUAGAAACGUUCUCUUUGCGUCAUUUCAUUAAAAUGAAACAUAAAUUGCUAAUGAGGCAUUGUUCUUAUCAUAGACAAGAAAAUUUGAUACAUCUGUUCGCCAGUUGUCAAAACAAGCAAACUUCUUUCAUUUUUGUACCCAUCAAUAUUAUACCUUCAUUGUAUUUAUUAUGAUACAGAAGAUAUUCUUGUUCCUAAAAAGAAUACAGUAUUUUAUUGUUGGAGAA